AUGACUCACAAACAAGUCGUCCCUACUGUCGACAUGCUGCAGGCCAGUGUUCGAUCUAUGACGGCGCGCUCACUUGACGUGCAGGACCUUGCGCGCAUCAAAGCAUUGUGUCCAGAUAUGGUUCAUCUCGCAUAUGUGCCUACAGCGGCACUCCGCACAGAGCGUGCUGGAAAACGGCGCAGGACUCGAAUGGAUGAUCGCGAUGACAUGUACACCCCUCCUGCACGGGAUGAAAACACGCAUACCCUCUUGUUCGAGUUUCUAGAUCGCGACUUGGCGACCGACAAGGCCACGUCGCGACGAUAUGUUCGAUCAUCGAAGCCAUCUCAAGAGGCCACCGUGCAGCUGGUUUCACGCCGUAAUGCCACUUUUACACGGGCCGUGCAAGAGCUGCUUUCUGCCUGUGAAACUACACAAGAAGAUCCGAUCGAGCUGCUGAAAGAAGCUAGUAUCGCGGCUGUGCCAAAGCCCCCGGAAGAGACACCGUCGAUUUCCUCAGCCCUUACCCGAUCGUCCAUUGCAGAAAUUUUGGCACGUCUUCCUGACAUGCCUUGGUGGCGCGAGCAGAUUGUGCCUGGUGGCCGACGCACAUUUCCCGCCAGGGAGCCCAAGUUUGGGUUCGUUGAACCUCCCCUUGAUUCCGACAUUAGAGACGCCCUUGCAGCUGCGCAUGGCAUCCAGCAACUGUAUACCCACCAGGCAUUAGCGCUUACUCUCUUUCAGCAUGGUCGUCACGUCGUAGUGAGCACUGGCACCUCAUCCGGAAAGUCACUCGUGUACCAGAUUCCCAUCAUGCAUGUGCUUGCCACUAUCCCCAGCGCUACGGCCAUGUGCAUUUUUCCAACCAAGGCGCUGACUCAGGACCAACUUGGUUCUCUGCGUCGUCUACUGCAUCAUCAUCCUAGUACACUUGGCGUAGCUGUGGACGCGUAUGAUGGGGAUACACCGGCCGACUAUCGGCGUUCCAUCCGCGAGCAGGCAGGCGUCUUGUUCACCAACCCGGACAUGCUACACCAGGCUAUUCUGCCGCAUGAAGAUAGGUGGCGCCGAUUUUUGCAAGGUCUGCGCGUCGUUGUACUCGACGAACUUCAUGUGUAUACGGGCACAUUUGGGACGCAUGUGGCUUUGAUACUUCGGCGGCUCCGUCGACUCUGUGCAGCCAUGGGGAAUCAUUCGAUUCAGUUUGUGAGCUGUAGUGCGACAAUUGCGUCUCCCACCGAGCACAUGAGUCUGCUCCUUGGGAUCGAUACGCAGCAGAUUGAGUUGAUUGCCGAUGAUGGUGCACCGUGUGGCAAAAAAGAAUGGAUUGUCUGGAAUCCGCCCCUCAUCGACGUUGAAGAGCCCGGGCAAGGGCGGGUUUCUUCAUAUAAAGAAGUGUCUCAGCUAUUCCGCCAUCUUAUUCGCGAGGAUUUCCUGCACGAAGGUCAUACCCACCUUGCUGAUCGUGUGCACGCAUAUCGAUCAGGGUAUGCGCCCUCGGACCGACGCAAAUUAGAACAUGAUAUGGCGCAUGGACAUGUCCUGGGCCUUAUUGCCACAAGUGCCCUUGAGCUUGGCAUCGAUAUCGGUGUGCUAGAUGCUGUGAUUCUUUUCGGCAUGCCAUACACUUCAGCGAGCAUGUGGCAGCAAGCUGGUCGCGCCGGUCGUCGACAGAAGGAUGCGCUCGUUGUGCUACUAGGCGAGCCGUUUCCCGUGGAUCAGUACUACAUGCGACAUCCCGAGCUGGUAUUCGCUCCACCUUUGAUCAACUUGUGGGUUGAUCCGAGCAAUGAAUUGCUUCUAGAAGCACACGUGCAGUGUGCCGCAUAUGAAAUGCCUUGGUCUUCCGAAGAUACGAAGUAUUUCGGCGAGCGGGCGUUGUCGAUUGUACAGCGACUUUGUGUGCGUGACCAAGAUGGGUUUUAUCACCUGGGUAAGUCGGAUCUGAUUUCGCCUGCGACCAAUAUACCGAUUCGUGGCGCUCGUCAAGAGACGUAUCGAUACGUGGAUGCAACUAGUGCUCAGCUUCUGGAAGAGGUUGAGGUCGAGCGUGUGUACUUUGAGGCGUACGAAGGAGCUGUGUUUCUUCAUCAAGGGGCAACGUAUGUUUGCCAAAGUGUUCAUCAUGAUGCUCGUCUCGUACUCCUGGUUCGCUCACACGUCUUGUACCACACUCGGCCGCGCGACUUGGUGGACGUAGAUGCCUGCGAAACGUGGCGAAUGCGAACACUAUCGCAUUCUUCGGCACGUGCCUGUUAUGGACGUGUAGACAUCAUUUUUCGUGUGUGGGGUUAUUUCAAAGUUGACCGGCGAGCGAAUAUCCUUGACGUGGUCGACAUUGAGACGGCUCCUCUGAUCCGUCACACGCACGGUGUCUGGCUCGAUGUGCCAUGGAAAAUCGUUGAGGCACUCACGUCGCAUGAGAUCCUUGCAUCGGCGGCGAUCCAUGCAACCGAGCAUGCGGUUCUUAGUCUCACGCCCUUAUUCGUCGCGAGCGCUGCAGACGAUGUGCGGACAGAGUGCAAGGUGCCUAUGCGUGAACUUAGCGGACGACCAACGCAGCGGAAGCGACCAUCGCGCCUUAUAUUCUACGACAAACCAGGCCAGAAUGCCGGAAUAUGCACGCAAGUCUUUGAGCACCUCGAUGCGUUAUUGUGUAUUGCGCUUCAUGUGCUGGAAACAUGCGAAUGUUCGGAUGGAUGCCCCAGGUGUAUUGAGACGCCUCAUUGCUUGCAUGAAAACCAGGUAUCAUCCAAGCGUGGCGCUAUGGCAGUUCUGCGCGGUUUACUGCAUCGUCCUAUGUUCGAUGUUUGGGAUAGAUGUAAUGAAGUUUCUGCCACAAAAGAUAAAAACGUGCUUCUACACACUCUCUGUGCACCAAACCCUGUUCCUCAACGCGAUGACGCCAGGCUGGAGCAUAUUAUUGAAGAUCCAGCGCCUUCACACGAUAUGAUACUUUUAAAUGUGCAGAAUUCUGCUGCGACAAAAGGCAGGCCGUACGAACAAUGUUCGUCACUGUUCUUCAACGAGUCUUGA